CGCCGGGCAGGGAGCGGGAUCGCGGCCGCAGCCGACAGACACUGGGCGGCCGGCGACUCCGAGCCUCGCAGGCCACCAGCCGAGGCAGCCCAGACUUUCUCCGGAGCGCCCCCGCCUCCGAGUCUUGCCCGCCGGGCAGGGCCGGGCGUGAUGCGCCGCGGGACCCCUGUCCUGGCCGCUGGCCGCCGCCGCCGCCGCCGCUGAGACCCCAAGACCCCCGGUGACGCCGCAGCCAUGGAGAGUGGUCCACAUGCAGAGCCAGGUGCCGGCGCACCCCCAGCAGUGACAGCCAGGACCCCCCCAGAGCCAAGACCUUCUCCAGAAGGUGACCCCUCCCCGCCGCCGCCACCACCACCGAUGUCAGCCCUGGUCCCCGAUACGCCCCCAGAUACCCCUCCUGCCAUGAAGAAUGCUGCUAGUUCUAAGCAGCUCCCACUGGAACCAGAGAGCCCCCCAGGGCCGGCUGGGCCUCGAUCAGCCCCCCAGCCGGAAGAGUCCCCUUUCUCAGACGUGAAGAUCAGAGGACCCACCCCACCAGCCACAGGCCCACGGGAUGCCAGGCCUUCUCGAAGGAGCAGCCAGCCAUCCCCGACAACGGUGCCAGCCUCUGACAGCCCUCCUACCAAGCAAGAUGUAAAGAAAGCAGGAGAGAGACACAAGCUGGCAAAGGAGCGGCGAGAAGAACGGGCCAAGUACCUGGCGGCCAAGAAAGCAGUGUGGCUGGAGAAGGAGGAGAAGGCCAAGGCCUUGCGGGAGAAGCAGCUCCAGGAGCGCCGGCGGCGGCUGGAGGAGCAGAGGCUUAAAGCCGAGCAACGCCGGGCGGCCCUAGAGGAGCGGCAGCGGCAGAAGCUGGAGAAGAACAAGGAGCGCUAUGAAGCAGCCAUCCAGCGGUCAGUGAAGAAGACGUGGGCCGAAAUCCGGCAGCAGCGCUGGUCCUGGGCAGGAGCCCUGCACCACAGCUCCCCAGGACGGAAGACCAGUGGGAGCAGGUGCUCCGUGUCGGCAGUAAACCUGCCUAAACACGUGGACUCUAUAAUCAACAAGCGGCUCUCAAAGUCCUCUGCCACGCUCUGGAACUCCCCCAGUAGAAAUCGCAGCCUGCAGCUGAGCCCAUGGGAGAGCAGUAUCGUGGACCGCCUGAUGACACCCACCCUCUCCUUCCUGGCACGGAGUCGCAGUGCGGUCACGCUGCCCCGCAAUGGCCGGGACCAGGGUAGGGGCAGCGGCCCUGGGAGAGCCCCCACGAGGGGCGGGACAGGGGCCAGCCCCGCUCGAGGGCCGCACCCCGACCGCACUCAUCCCUCCGCAGCCGUGCCCGUGUGCCCGCGCUCGGCCUCUGCCAGCCCCCUGACGCCGCCGAGCAGCGCCCCCAGAAGCGCGCACCGCUGCGCCCCAGCUGGGGAGCGCGGGGAGCGCCGCAAGCCCAGCGCUGGGGGCAGCCCCGCCCAGGUCCGCCGCAGGCCAGAGGCCUCGCCGGUGCAGAAAAAGGAGAAGAAGGACAAGGAGCGGGAAAAUGAGAAGGAGAAGAGUGCCCUGGCCCGGGAGCGCAGCCUCAAGAAGCGCCAGUCACUGCCUGCCUCUCCGCGCCCGCGCCUGGCUGCAGGCCACGCCGAACUCAGUCCCAAAGCCAAGGCCCGGCCAUCCUCUCCCUCCACAACCUGGCCCAGGCCUGCCUCUCCCUGCCCCAGCCCAGGGCCAGGCCACGCUCUACCCCCAAAGCCACCAUCCCCUCGGGGCACCACUGCAUCACCCAAGGGGCGGGUUCGGAGGAAGGAUGAGGCAAAGGAGAACCUCAGUGCGACAGGACCUGUGGACAAGAACCAGAGCAAGAGCAAGACCCGUGAGGAGAAGGAGCCAGCAGCCCCAGCCUCACCAGCACCCUCACCUGUGCCCUCCCCCACCCCAGCUCAGCCCCAGAAGGAGCAGCCCACAGCUGAGAUGCCUGCAGAUGCUGCUGUCCUGACCCCACCCCCAGCUCCUGCUCCACCAACGACCCCUAGCAAACCCAUGGCAGGCACCACAGACCGUGAAGAGGCCACCCGGCUCCUGGCUGAGAAGCGGCGCCAAGCACGGGAGCAGAGGGAGCGCGAGGAACAGGAGCGGAGGCUGCAAGCAGAAAGGGACAAGCGCAUGCGAGAGGAGCAGCUGGCGCGGGAGGCCGAGGCUCGGGCUGAGAGGGAGGCGGAAGCUCGGAGGCGGGAGGAGCAGGAGGCCCGAGAGAAGGCGCAGGCGGAGCAGGAGGAGCAGGAGCGGCUGCAGAAGCAGAAAGAAGAGGCCGAAGCUCGGUCCCGGGAAGAAGCGGAAAGGCAGCGUCUGGAGCGGGAAAAGCACUUCCAGCGGGAGGAGCAAGAGCGGCAAGAGCGCAAAAAGCGCCUGGAGGAGAUCAUGAAGAGGACUCGGAAGUCAGAAGCUGCUGAAACCAAGCAGAAGCCGGACAGGAAGGAGGCACAAGCCAACAAUUUCAGCCCAGAGCCUGUGAAAGCCGGGGAGGCCAGGCCCUUGGGGCUGCAGAAGGAGGCAGUGCAGAAAGAGGAGCUGGCCCCCCAGGAGCCUCAGUGGAGCCUGCCAAACAAGGAGUCGCCCGGGUCCCUGGUGAAUGGCCUACAGCCUCUCCCUGCACACCAGGAGAAUGGCUUCUCCCCUAAGGGGCCCUCUGGGGACAAGAGUCUGGGCCGAACGCCAGAGGCACUCCUGCCCUUCGCAGAGGCAGAAGCCUUCCUCAAGAAAGCUGUGGUACAGCCCCCACAGGUCACAGAAGUCCUUUAGGAGGUUGCCUUGGAUCCAGGCACAGCUAUGAGGGCUCCUCCACACAUCCUCCAGGAGGUCUGGAAGAGAGAGAGACAGAACAAAGCCGGAAGUGGCCUGGGCCCCUGGGGGUGGGUCUCCUGUUAUUUUUAAUCUGCACCUUAUAGACUGAUGUCUCUUUGGCCGGAGCCAGAUCCUGCCCCUCAGUGCAUUCAUGUGCUCACACGCACGGCCGCCCCCCUCCCAUAUACACACAUACACUCACAGCCUCUCUGGCCUCCCCCCUCGGGGAAGGGCUGCCUGUAGUAUUUGCCUUGGUUCGGUGGGGUACAGUGGAUGUGAAUACUGUAAAUACUUGUGCUCAGACUCCUCUGCGUGGAGGGGCGGGUGCAGGAGGCAGACCCUCCCAGGACUCUCCGGGGUGGUCUUCCUCUCUAUUUAACUGUAGCUGAGGGGGAACACAGGUGAGGGGAUGGGCGGCACCUUGGGCCACAGGAUACUGUUUGCUUUAGGGGUACCCAUGCCCCCUGCCCUCGCCUGGAAUCAGUGUUAUUGCAUCUGAUCAAACUUCUCCAGAAAUAAAGUGAGAAUAAUUCUGCCAGUCCUGUCUAUCCUUGGGGCUGGCGGAGGGUGGGAGCAGGUGGGCUCCUGCAGUCUAAGAACUGAAGGAGCCAGGACCUCGUGCUACCUACCCUUACCCAGGACUAGUCCUAGACCUCCCGCCUGUGGUCCCCAUCUUGUCAUGAAUGCAUUCAUUGAACAAAUGUGGUAGCAGGCAGGGGGCUGCGUGCUAGGGAUGCAGUAGUAGGAAAAGAUGUAGCCUCCAUUCUCACAGGGUCUACAGUCUAGCAGGUGAGUGUCCUAGACACUCAGUUGCUUACUCAACAUCCAUUCCCAUUUACCCAAACAAAUGAUUUUGUUCAGGUGGCCAUCUUCCUCCUGGAUCCCCUCCUACCCCCCACCUCUGUGCUUCAGCGGAGGUAGAGCCCAGGCCCAGGGGUGAAUCAUGAUUGUAAUGAGGCAAAAAUGAUGGUCCCCAACCCCUCAUGAGUGACUGGUUUAGGUCCAGGCGUGUGACCCAACUGGGGCCGGCAGAUAUAAAGAAAAGUCUCCUGGGCUUCUAGGAGAGGCAUCCUCAUUUUUGAAAAACAAAAACCAAAACAAAACAAGAAAACGAGGCCCUCCCAGUGUCCCCCACCUCCUUGUGUUCGUGCCCUGGGUAGUCCCUUUCCAUAUUGUACCAGGGUGGGGCUGAGUGACCACCAGAAUACAGAAGAAGUGAUGGUGUGUCACACAAGAGGUUAGGUCACAAAAGACACUGCAGCUUCUGUUUCUGUCACUCUCUCACUCUUGGACCUUAUGUGGGGGAGGCAGCGGCUACAUAGCAAAUAGCCUGUGGGACCUGCAUGCUGAGGGACUGAAGCCCCCCGCAACCCCAUGAAUAUGCUUGGGAACAACUUCUGCAGCCUGGUAUGGCCUUCAGAUGACUUCAGCCCUAGCCAACCUGCUUGACAAUAACCUCACGAGAGCUCCUCUGCCGGAACCAACUAGCUAAGCCACUCCUGGGUUACCAGCCCUCCGAAACUGUGAGAUAAUAAAUAUUGUUGUAGACA